AUGAGCCAGAGAUCAAAAGGUGCAUAGGUUCAUCUACUUUUGAUGUGUGUCUUUGUCUCCGUCAAUGCCGUUGGCCUGAAUGAUUUACUGGAGAGAGCCUCUCAACUUUCAGACAAGCUUCACUCCCUCAGCACUUCUCUCACCAAUGAUCUGGAUUCUCACUUUCCUCCAGUUGGGAGAAUGAUGAUGCCACGUCCGUCCAUGUGUCACACAUCCUCCCUCCAAAUUCCCAAUGACAAAGACCAAGCCCUGAAAGUUCCAGAGGACGAAUUGUUGUCUUUGGCUCGAUCUCUACUGCUUGCGUGGUCCGAUCCCCUCGCUCUUCUCUCCUCUGAGGCAUCUAACCUGGCACAUCCAGAACGCAACACCAUUAACAGCAAGACCAAAGAGCUUCAAGAUAACAUCAACAGUUUGGACGCAGGUUUGGAGCGCCUCGUUCAUAAGAUGGGCUCAUCUUCAGACGACCUAUCCUAUCUUCCCUUUUACAUAAGCAACCUUGGCCAGGAUAAAACCUCUCGACUUGUGAACUUCCACUUCUUGCUGUCCUGCUUCCGCAGGGACUCCCACAAAAUUGACAGUUUCCUCAAAGUUCUCCGCUGCCGGGCAGCUAAGAGACCAGAGAUAUGUUAGAGCGGGAGGUGCUGCACUGCAUCUGCAUCUCUCUCAUUGUGCCUGUUAAAUAUCAAUAUA